AACCUGUGAUCACUUCCCCUCCCACACCCGCCACCCACACUCGCCAGCCACUCUCAUCUCGCAUUUGCUAUCAGCAAUCAUCCAAUAACCAUCCCCAGCCCCGUUCUAUGAUGCCCAAGGCCAACAAGACGGAAGAGUCCCCCUCGAAGAAGUUCGGUUUCUCGUCGUCAUUCGCGAAGUGGACAGCGUUAGAGGACCAGAUGAGCGCCCUUAACCCCUUCAACAAAGACCGUCGUCCCAAAGUCAUCAGAGCCGUGAAGGACGUGGAUACCCUGACGAAAGCCGUCAGGAGGAUGCGCAUUACACAACCGGCAAAACACAGGGCAGGUUUAUCUACCUGCGUUAGACGCAGCCAGCCUGCAGCUAGCCUGCAGUUAGAUCUAAUCAAAGUGCUGAGCGAGGCCACAGCGAGGCGAGGGGCGUGCCGAAGUUGCCGGGCUGCCGGCGGAGCCCAUGAUAUGUCACGGCCAUGUCACAAUCCACCGCUCUUCCCUCUAACUACGAUCUCUGGCCGUUAUGCCACAGUCUCCCCUUCGACAAGAUCAUAUGAUGCACUAUAGAUCACAGUCAU